ACGCCAGGAAAAAAGCGCGUGAUUACACAUCUACGGGAAUAACACUACAAUAAGCUUCGAAGUCUUAUUUCGGUGUUCUCUGAAGUAUUUGUCUUAUAUUCACUAUUACGCUACACGCACGCUGACGGAAGCAUCCCAUGGAUGAUCAUAACAUUGCGUAACCUAUCAAACUAGGCGCGGGAAAAGCGGGUCAGUAGUCUACACAGGACCGAUCACCUUUAUACCGCUAACCGGCUUUGCAUUCCUGACGGCCUGCAUCAAACAAGACGGAGCGAUCCUGUAUUUCGGGCCGGCUGACCACUAAUCAUUGACAUCAAAAACAUGCCCCCAAGAAAGAGGGCACGUGGCCCUAGAAAUACCACCAAAACUGUCCAGGCUGACUCCGGCAGUGAAGACAACACUCCCGAAACAGCGACUCGGAGUACAGGCAAGCGGAAAACAGCACACUCGGGCAAGUCCAGAGGGAAAGAAGCGAGCAAGGCGAAAGAUUCCCCCAGCAAAGCAUCCUACAGUCAUUGGCUGAUGAAGUCUGAACCCGAGAGCAGAUUUCAGAACGGAAUCGAUAUGAAGUUUGGAAUCGAAGAUCUUAAGGCCCUCCCCAAUCAGACCGACUGCUGGGAUGGAGUCCGAAACUACCAGGCUCGUAACUUCAUGCGGGACAUGAAGGUCGGUCACCAGGCGUUCUUCUACCACAGCAACUGCAAGGAGCCCGGGGUUGCGGGACUCAUGAAGAUUGUCAAGGAGGCGUAUGUGGAUCACACCCAGUUUGACAAGAAAGAUGUGCACUAUGAUGCUUCCAGUAAGCCGGACAAUCCCAAAUGGAGCAUGGUCGACGUGCAGUACGAGCGGACGCUGACGCGCUACGUGUCCCUGGCGGAGCUGAAGAAGCUGCACCUGGAGCACAAGGCCAAGGGCGGCCCCCUGAGGGACAUGGCUCUCUUCACCAGGGCCAGGCUCUCAGUGCAGCCUCUCACUGCAGAGGAAUUCAAUUUUGUCUUGAGUAUGGAAGACAAAGAACCGUUAUGAGGUCUAUGCCACCACUCAACAACAGAGAGAAACCAGUCACAUUCUGUAAACUAAGAUCAUUCAGUUCAGAUUAUUUUUGAUAUUAUAUUGAUAUUGUUUUAUAGUUCCUAAAGCCUUCUAUAGUUAGCCAGGUGUUCACUGGACCUUAGCGUCUGCGUCUGUCUCGCUGGCACUCCGUGUUCAAAGAGACGCAGAGGGAGACAGGCUUUGAGUUGACAGAUUAGAAGUUUAUUUGACCAGAGGGCUCCUCCGGCCUCCACACAGACAGGGGGCAGCAGAGCCUCACUGCGGCAAGAGACAACACACUCACAGAGUCGUGUUACACUCCCACACACACACACAGAAGAGCAAGAGGUUAUAUAUAUAUGAGUAAUUUCAGAAGUGUUCUCUCAUACACACACACACACACACACACACACAUUACUACCAGGUGACUUAUCCUACCUCCAGUCGGAGUCGACUGGUCUAGAUUCUUUGUUAAUUCUUAAGACUGGACACAUGUACACAUAAUUCGUAUUAGAAUACUGUCAACAGUAAUCAGUAAGGUACGUACGAGCGAGAGAGCCUCCUCUGUGCUUUCAGUAUAUGUGUAUGGUAAUAAAAGUGUAAAUGCCUUACAAAAACAAGCGCAUCGAGCAGUGGAAGCCUCACGAUUGAUUGCUUUUGUCUUUUGUGUUUUUUUUUUUUUUUUUUUGGCUACUUGCUCUUGAAGACAACCC